AUGGAACGGCUUAGUAUACAGAUACAAGAAGCACAAAGGUUAUUACAGCAAUCUGAGGCAGAUUGGAAAGACUGUAGCUCUUCGAUUGAAGAGAUAACACUCACUGUAGAGUCAUUAAAACAUGUGAAUGACUAUAAAGAUAUCACUGAGCUUCUUUUGACUCUCUCGAGUGAAAUUGGGGCUCAGAUUAGUGCUAUUCGAUCGAGAUUAGUUAAAGAUGUUUGUGAGUGUCUGAUACGGAUUAUUAACGUCACGGGACGAGACUUUCAGGACAUGGCAAAUGCUUUAUUGCCCCAUAUUAUUCGCACAUCCAAGAGUACCUUGUCCGCCAUUCGUCAACCAGGAGCAAAGCUAUUGAGUAAAUUGUCGGAGAAAGUACGAUACGACCUCGCACUUGUAAAGAAGAUUUAUGUGCAGUCGAUGCAAGACAAACCUCGUGUAUUACUUCUGGAUCAACUGCGCAUCGUAUUUGUCUACUGGUCUGAUGAGGAAGUAUUGCCGUGGGAGUCGGACGUGCUAGAGAUGAUACGGUUAGGUCUAGUUGACCAGCAUGAUAAUGUCAGGAAAGCAGCACGAGAGGUUCUUUGUAGGGUCUCAUCAAGAUGGAGUGAGCGUGUAGAUGAAUUGCUGGAAAUGUUGUCAAACCAGGGUAAAGCUCUGUUGAUACAUGAACACCAAGACUCUUCAUUGGCUGUAGCAAUCAUAAAGAAAUAUCCAGGACUUGCCGCCAAAGCCAAAAUGCUGUCGCGCAGUAGAGGGGCUAUUACGAGACCACGCCCUUCGUUCCACAAAUUUCCUCGACACAAAUCUGAGCAAAAUAUUGAGAUACAUGUGUCAGCAGCUCCUUCGCCAAUACAGCGCACAGAAAAGGAAGUGGGGAAAAAAGAACCUAGCAGUUGUGAAAAGAUGGUGAAGGUUGGUACAACCGCUGCGACGCCUGACGAAAAGGGUAACAGUGCAAUUGCGUGGCAUCUAUAUGACAAUCUUGAGCCUAUGGGAGGACCGGACAAUUGCCAGCAGAAUGACGUUUCUAAGGAUUUUUCUCGCUCAGAACUACGCGGACUCUAUGAAAGCCAAGAUUUUGCGCCUCCACCAGAUGUUGGUAAAACCUUUAGUCCCCGUGGUGAUAUCCAAUGUCAACAACCAACUGUAGCGCAUGCGUCAGAUGCAUCUAAUACCGGAGAGACUUUGCUGCAGGACGCUAGCUUUCGACAGCUCGAGGAAUCCCAUACUUCCGUCCCGGUAAAUGACGCUUCAAUCCCUUACAAUGAGAAACACCACGAAUCGCCUACCGAAUCUAGCAGCCCUUCCGACCAGUUUUUAUCUCAGCUAUCUCGUAAAGAAAGCUAUUUAUUGAAAUCGGAAGGAAGUAUUGAACUUUCCACACCUGUUGCCAGUACUCAUAUCGAAGAGGAUAAAGGCGGGCUAAAGCUAUUGAGCACAAACGGUGAGUACUUCAGCAACCCAAGUUCGAGUUUACGUGAUGUCCCGGCAUCUUUCCCGCCAUCGACUGAAUGUUUGGCUCCCCGGUCAAGGACACGACCGUUUCCUCAUCAGAAAGAAGACAGUUUCCCACCGGAACCUGGCUUAUCUGUGCUAUUAUCUUCCAAGCUGUUAGCAACAGAAAUGUCCACACAGCCUCGGACAGUGGAUGUAACACCAGAGCCUGUUUUUUCCAUCAGUCAGCCCAAUCAAGAAGCGGUGUCUCUGCUUUGCGCACAAAAUAUUGACUGUGUGCUUGAUGGCAAAGAGGACAGGAACCAUUCGACAGAAGGAAGCGGCCGUGUGGAGCUCCAUAUUGCGGGAGAUCAUUCCAAACCAGAUAACAGUCGAUCUCAAAGAGAAAGUGAGUGCCGCUCUUUGGAAAAGGAUGACGAUCAACUCAAACUGAGUGAGGAAGACAUUCUUCCAAACGAAUGGCAUCCUGACGAAGGACUUGCACAUGGGCGUGAUCCUCUCGAUGAAGUCGGCAAAUUUUGGAGUGGUGAUUUUGUUAUUGACGACGACGAAAGGGUAAAAGCAAACAAGCCGGGCAUCUCAGAAUUGGUUUCGUGUGCUGGAUCAGUACCAAAGAGACAGUGUCCAAUGCGAGAAGAGAUUACAGAGAAAGAAGACAGGGAAGAGUGGUUCACCGAAGAGAAAUUGGAAAGCGUACCUACUGAUGCAAUAACAUGCUUGGCGAGUGUUCAAAGCAUAUAUGAUGUGACGCGUCUCCGAGUGGCCACAAACAUGGGAGAAAGUCCUGGCAGCCAACUUGUCGAAGAAGGUAGCGUGCCCGCGCACAGUGUUUUCGAUAGUGCAGAAACUGCCGAAGAAGCGCAAGAGCAAUUUUCGUCGAAACAUGAUACCCAGUCAUGGGAAGUACCUAAGCGAGCGGAGAGGUAUUUGGAGAGAUUGACAAAUGCUGAUCUUAUGUCGCAUAGUCCACUGAUAGUGCCAAGUAUCAAUGCUGCUCUUGCGCAAUCGAACGAAAGCAGUCGUUGUGCCCCAUCGUCUAGUCCUCCGAUGACGCCAACACGGGGUUUGUAUCUACAAACAAAACAUUAUGAUGCGCGCGAAAGAUCUGAGGAAAGUAGCUGUCUCGGUCUGCAAGGUUCUCACAGCCCGCUUCGCAUGCCCGAACAUUUUAUUGCGAAGAUUGGCGAGCCUGAAUCCUUAAGUUUUGCAAGAGAAGACCGAGCCGAAUACACUGAGGUACCGUCGCAGAAUUUGCAAAAGGAUGCCCGGCUGCAGAGUCUGUUUGACGCUAACGAACAGGCUGGGCGCUUUGAUGCAGCAGAGAAGCUCUUUGCUACGAAGAAGGUUCUGUCGACCUCGGGCUUCUACAACAGGCCGCAAUCCCCCGAACCUGAGCAUGGUACGCAUUCUAAGCUUCACCAAGUGCGUUUCCCUCCAACACAGUUGGGGGCGAAGCUAAACCCGUGUUUUGCAAAUACUCAAAAGAAGGUAGCUAUUGAAAAGAUUGACACUGCUCUAAAAGAUGUAGCUGCUGAAGACGUGGCUACGGCUAUUGAUUCAGAAACGGAAGCUACUGGAGUAGAGGGUCAUAAGGAGGUGCUGCUAAGAGACCGACAAGUGACGGGCCCUGACGAAACGGGUGCGACGCUAACACCAGACUGUAGCAAGCGUGAUGCCAGUCUCUUAUCAACAACCUUCGAUACCGCUCCUCGCUCUACUGCGAAGCCGUCAGCUAUUGCCGAAGAAAGAAAUAUGCCGCCAGCGACAUUAGGCUGGGCUAGCUCCUUUGCUAUCACCGUUGUUGUUUUUUUAGCGGCUAUGUUCUGCAUGAUGGGCAUUCUGCAAGCCGCGCAAAAGGUGCAAGAUUCUCAUGAGUAUCACUUGGCUCUGAAGUCGCAAAUUGGAAAUUUUGAGACAAGUAUUACCGAGACCCACAAGAAGGUAAUCAAGCUUGAAGAAGACUACGUUACAUGGAGUGAAUACGUGCGUAAGCUCACGGAAGAAGACGACGUGCAUGCAUUAGCCCAGCUGGAAGCCAUCCAAGUUGAAGUUCAAAAGUGGCAGCAUGAUAUGAAAGCAGAUCUUAUGGCAUUUCGCCAGGCGCUUGCGGUGGACUCCAUUGAAGCUUCAUUUGCAGAUUUGCACGUGAACGACACCCCGGAAAAUUGA